AUGUCUUACAAAAUUGCUGCACCGGACGAGUACCUUGCCAUUACUGGCAUGGGAAUCGACAACAUCAAAAUCACAAAGGCAGCAUGGCUUUUUCCCUUUCAGAGAUGCAUGCGCUUUAGUAUCCGGCCCAGGGACUAUGCCAUGGAUCUCCAGGCCAUGACCAAGGAAAAGCUCCAGUUCCUCCUCCCUGUUGUUUUCACCAUCGGCCCUGAUGUUUCGCACCGGACUGAUCACGGCCAGAAGGUGGUGCAGCCGGAAGGCGUCGCCGCGUCCGUCCACGGCGGCGAAGAUGGUCCGCUCCACCCUCCUUCAAAGGAGGACACUCUGACCAAAUACGCGAUGCUUCUCGCGGAGAACUCAGCCACAAAAGUCAAGCCUGAAAGCACAUUUUUGGAAAACAUCGUCAAGGGCAUCAUCGAGGGUGAGACCCGCGUGCUCGUUUCGAGCAUGACGAUGGAGGAGAUCUUUACGGAACGCGAGAUCUUCAAGCGGCACAUCUUUCGCAACAUCCAAGGCGAGCUUUCGCAGCUGGGUCUGACAAUACUCAAUGCCAACGUGAAGGAGCUGAAGGAUGCCCCAAACUCAGUGUACUUUGCAUCCCUGUCGCGCAAGGCCCACGAGGGUGCGGUGAACUCGGCCAGGAUCGACGUGGCCGAGGCCCAGCUGCGUGGCAACGUCGGCGAAGCCAAGCGCAAGGGUGAGCAGGAGCGCGAGCUGGCCAAGAUCCACGCCGACACGGCAGUGCAAAAGGUUGACCGCGACCUCGAGCGGGCGCAGGCCGAGGCGACACUGGCAACACGCAAGGCCGGACUGGACCGCGACGUCGACAUUGCACGCAUCGAAGCUUCGCGCGCGACCGAGUCCAAGGACGAGGCGCUGAAGCGCGAUGUCGAAAUCAAGCGAGCGGCUGCCGAGCUGGAACGUCUUCGCGCCACUGACGUCGUCAAGGCGAGCAUCCGCCGCGAGUCCGAACAGCAGGCCGCCGAUGCCAAGGCCUAUGAGAUUGCGGCCAACGCGCGGGCCAAUCUGGAAAAGGGCCAGCGCGAGGCCGAGGCGUCAGCCUACCGGAUGAAGGCCGGCGCCGACGCCAAGGCCUACGAGACGUCGACUACCGCGAAGGCCGACCUAGAAAAGGCCCAGCGCCACGCCGAGGCCGGCGCGUUCCAGAUCCAGGCCGAGGCCGACGCUUACGCCUACGCGGUCGCCAAGAAGGCUGAGGCUCAUCAGAAGGCCAAGCUGCUCGAGGCCGAUGGGCUGGCCGCCAUGGCUGAGGCCUACCAGCAUAUGGCCGUUGCCUUUGGCGGCCCGGCUGGCCUGCUGCGCUACAUGAUGCUCGAGAAGGGCACGUACGUGGAUCUGGCCAAGGCCAAUGCCGAUGGCAUCCGCGGCCUGCAGCCCAAGAUCAGCGUUUGGAACACCGGCGCCCAGGCCGGAAUCGAGGGCGGCGGUGCUGGAGCUGGUGGUGUCGGCGACGGGUCGGCCUCGGGUGCCGGCGGCGCCAGCAUCGACACUUUGCGCAACGUCUACCAGAUGCUGCCGCCGCUCAUGACGACGAUCCACGACCAGACUGGCAUGACCUUGCCCGAGUGGCAAUUCGGCCGGCUGGCCGGGGAGAUGAGCGAAUCCAAACGGUCCAAGACGAUCACAGUCAACAAGGAAUAA